GGGCCUGCCCACAGCCUAGCAGAGGCGGCGCGGCCCCGAAGCGCCUUCGGUUCUAAGGAGCCUCACUUCUGGGAAAGGACAGGGAACUGUCAAUCAACGAGGGAGGGAGCGCACCGGCGCCGGGUGAUGUCAGCGGAUCAGCUGCUCCAUAACAAAGAGGGGGUAUCACAGGAGAAAGUUGCAGCGGCGGCUGCACCCCGGAGCCUCGGGGACCGGGGACGAAGGGAGGAGGGACGGCGGCUGCGGCAGCGGCGGCAGGCCGAGGAAUUGAAAGGACUGUAGGGGGAGGCAGCGCGAGCCGCCCCGACUGCUCCUCCUCUUCCUCCCCCUCCUCCUCCUCCAAACUCGCAGGGCUUAGCCCCGGCGCUCGCUCAGCCGCCGCGAGCACCCGGAGGGACGGGAACCGGCCGCACGGCCCGGUGCUGGGCAGGGUCGCAGCCGCCAUGGAUAGCGACGACGAGAUGGUGGAGGAAGCCGUGGAAGGGCACCUGGAUGAUGAUGGAUUACCACAUGGAUUCUGUACCGUCACCUACUCCUCCACAGACAGAUUUGAGGGCAACUUCGUGCAUGGAGAAAAGAAUGGACGCGGGAAGUUCUUCUUCUUUGACGGCAGCACCCUGGAGGGAUUUUAUGUGGAUGAUGCCCUGCAGGGCCAGGGUGUUUACACCUAUGAGGAUGGAGGUGUCCUCCAAGGCACAUAUGUGGAUGGUGAGCUGAAUGGACCAGCCCAGGAGUAUGACACCGACGGGAGGCUGAUCUUCAAGGGCCAGUACAAAGACAACAUUCGACAUGGAGUGUGUUGGAUCCAUUACCCAGACGGAGGCAGCCUGGUUGGGGAAGUCAACGAGGAUGGAGAGAUGACUGGAGAGAAGAUAGCCUAUGUCUACCCUGACCAGAGGACCGCGCUCUAUGGAAAGUUCAUUGACGGAGAGAUGAUUGAAGGGAAAUUGGCCAUCCUCACGGCCACUGAAGAAGGGAAGCCACACUUUGAACUGAUGUCUGGAAGUUCCGUGUACCACUUUGAUAAAUCGACUUCCUCCUGCAUCUCUAGUGAUGGCCUCCUUCCAGACCCAUAUGAGUCCGAGAGAGUUUAUGUUGCCGACUCUCUCAUCUCCAGUGCUGGAGAAGGACUAUUUUCCAAGGUAGCAGUAGGACCCAAUACUGUUAUGUCUUUUUAUAAUGGAGUCCGGAUCACACACCAAGAGGUUGACAGCAGGGAUUGGGCCCUAAACGGGAACACUCUGUCCCUUGAUGAGGAAACAGUCAUUGAUGUGCCUGAGCCCUACAACCGUGUAUCCAAGUACUGUGCCUCCCUGGGACACAAGGCGAAUCACUCCUUCACUCCAAACUGCAUCUAUGACAUGUUUGUCCACCCUCGUUUUGGGCCUAUCAAGUGCAUCCGCACCCUGCGAGCUGUGGAAGCUGAAGAAGAGCUGACCGUGGCUUAUGGCUAUGACCACAGCCCCCCAGGGAAGAGCGGGCCCGAAGCCCCUGAGUGGUACCAGGUGGAGCUGAAGGCCUUCCAGGCCACCCAGCAAAAGUGAAAGACCUGGCCCUGGGGUCCGGAGACCUGGAAUAGAAACUUGGAUCUAUGCACUACAUUUAUCUGACAACGACGACGGGACAACCAGGGACUGUUCAUGCUGUGACAUCACAUCCUCUCACCCUGCGUUAGCAACGACUUUCUCGCAUACUAACUAGGUUUGACUGUAUUACUCAUACCAGAUUUAAAAUUAGCUAGCCUUGCAGUAACACCCUGCUGAGAGGUACUGUCGAACUGUAGACAGCAUGAUGUUCUUUGAUGGUUGAAGUCUAAAUCUGGACCACGUUCAGAGAUACCAAAUGAUUGAGUUGAAAAAGGGAACUGGGAUUCUUCAGUCAUUUUUCCGUCAGUGGUUUUUUUCCAUGAUGUUUUUUUUCUAUGGCCAUUGCAAAUGGUGUUCGAUCACCCUUGCAUGUUGCCAUCUGCAGGGCAGGAAGCGAUUACAUCUUUAUAUAAACGUAGGGUCAUUUAUUUGCCUUUUCACCUUUGAUCUGUAUCUUGCAAUAGAAUGGCUUUGUUUCUGUUGUUACUCUCCUAGUGAGCCGAAGCCCAGUCUUCUGAGUCUUUUCUCUAGCCUCCCUCACUUCUUAUCUUAGCUAUCCUUUACAAGAGAAAGCUUCCAAAUGGAUUUUGCAUUCAUAGCAGUGUCCAGGUCUCUCUGGUUCUUUCUCUAUCAUUUCAUUCUUACGUCCUGAUAUAAAGUACUGGCUCAUAGGGCCAGACUGUUACUAUAGACUUCUUAUUCUCGCAUGUCAACAAAGAUACCUUUGCUUUCAGAUGUGAGAAGACAUGGAUUUACUCUGUUUGCAUUAAGUUGUGAGAAUUGUAACAUACACUUUCAGGAAGAAGAGAGGAACAUUCGUAUUUCUAAGCAGUCAUUGUGGCAGUUUUUGCAGUAUAUUCAGUAGUGCUGGCAAUUUUUUCUCCUCGGGUACACGCUCAUUGUACAUAACCUAGUGCAGUCUGGCUUGUGACACAGCUCACUAAAUUCGAAAUACAAUAGCCAAUCUGCCUUCCAACCCGGAAUGCAGAGUUCCCUUUGAAACCAGUGCCAAGGAGACAGACUUGCUGAUCACUAGGUACAAGCCAGAUCGCUAUCUAAAGCUUCUCACCACAGCGGUCUCCAAGCACUCAACUGCUUCCACGCUCUGUGAGCCCCGAGUUCACACCUGUGCAGUUUCUGUCACUAGCAUAUUGCCACCUCACACAAGCCAUAUGUAAUCACACCUGCAGAAAUACAGAGGAAACCCCAUUGUUUUAGUUUUAGCACAUUAGAUCUGUAACAAAACUGGAUCGCUCUGAAUGAAUGCUGAGUUUGGGGGGGGGGGGUGGCCUCCCCUCCCCCAAGGCGUCACUCCACCACAAGGAAACCUGGGAACCACAGUGGCUGAAGGCUGCAGCUGUCUACAGUGCCGCCUGUGGCCUGCUUGGUUUAGGCUUUUGAGGGAGCUCAGAAUGCAUAGAGAUGCUUGCUGGGAGUAUGUGGAAUUGGAGGGAGGAGACAGGUAGAGGGCAAGUGUUCCGUCUGGGGCUGCACACAGUUUGCCCUUCAUCCAGCAGCCCCAGAAUGGAAGACUCAGCCCUCAGCUCUGAUAGCCACACCCUGGGCUCUUUUACAAGCUUCCUGACACAGCCCGCUUCAGGCUCUGCACCUAGGUGGCAGUGCUUCCCAGGAGAGCUGGUCACAUCCCUGCUUGAAAGCUUUUAAGAAGAUAGUUCACUCAGGAGGAACAUCCUUGGAACUUCUGAGGAGGUCUCCUGCAAGGUGACUACAAGUCACCAGGAUAGGAUUGCUUCUAUUCUGCAGAAGGAGACCAUUGGGCAAACUGUGACAGAACGAUGAGGCCUAUGGGUUUGAACUCUGAGAGGUUGCUUUCAGGUAAAUGUGUCCAGAGAGUUAGCUGCCGCGGGGAGAAAGAUGGCUUUCUUCAACUCCACCAGUCAGGUUGUUGGACUCGGUCGAGAGACGAGGCAGAGGGAGAGAGGGCCGCCUCGGAUGGUGUGCCCAAGGAUUUCACACCUGGAGUUGGAACCUAGUCUUAGUUGUAACAGGGGCUCAACUUCUAUCCUAAAGGGCUACUCUAGCAAUCUCAUUCAAAGGGAACUCAAAAACAAUUUUGGGGGCUUGAGGGCCAGCAAAAUAGUUUAGCAGGUAACGAUGCUUGUUGCCAACCCUAUGACCUGAGUUCCUCUCUAGGACCUCCAUAGCAGGAGAAAACCAACUCCUGAAAGCUGUCCUCUGACCACACACAGUGUGGCAUGUGUUCACCCCCACAUACUUUUUUAAUGUAUAAAGGGACUGAAGGACUGUGGCUGGUAAGCUAGCUAAUCUGCGUUUCACAUUCCACACUGGAGGAAGAUGGUCUGGGCUUCUAGCCCAGCGCUGUGUACGUGACCCUUAGACAAAUCCCAGGAAGCAAUUCACACAGCUGAGCUUCUCCAUCUUCCCUCUCCCUGUAUGUUCCCUGUGUCUUUCAGCUCUUUUCUUCUGCUGUGUGAGAAGCCUUGGUGUGUGUGCAGAAUGGCAGCCCAGCUCUUUGCUCCGCCUCUUUAUGUCUAGAGUUCCUCUCCUCUCUGGCUACACUGUGUGCCUUUCCCUGAGUGACCUGGUCCAGUCAUUCUGUCUCUCACUCCCCGAGUUAUCCAGCUUUGUCACAGGUUGCCAGAGAGUCGUUGGAGAGGUAGAGGAGUCAGCAGGUAGAGGUUGCAUAGAGAAUUAACUGCUUAGGGGGAGUUGAGGUUUGUUCCUAGUUUGACCCAAAGUGGAAAAGCAUCUUCUACUUACUUCCCAUCUGCUGUUGUAGGAAAUAAGCAGAUAAAUCUGGUCUUCCAUCAGGAUCAAAAUCACAAGCAGACAUGAUUGAGAUUCUAUGUGGUAGGGGAAAAAGAAUUAACCUUAUGCUGUCUUCCAAACAGCCGGAGCCUGUGCACUGACGCCUUGGUCUCAGAGGGGAUUCAUUCAGAGCUGUCUAGGUUCCCUGCAUGACUUGACCCAUCAUUAACAUCUUUUCUAUGAUGAACUAUUACCUUGUGUUAGACUUAGGAAUAGGAACUAAUCUACAGAGCAUGUCCCCUAGUGGGGCAUUUGUUUGAACUAACAAAAGCAAAUGUGAGGACUGAAUUUAGGAUGCAAAAGAAUGAGAUGAGGCUGGAAAGUAACAGGCAAAGGAGGACUUGAGUUUCUUAGUACCUAUUCUUAUUUUAACCUGCUUAAUCCCAGAGGGCAUUCUUUGUCAAGACCUCUUUGAACCUGACUGGGACUAGAGUUCAGAUUUAUUACCCUUUGGGGUUCAUCACACUUGAAAAAAUGAUUUCCUUAUCACCACUCCCACCUCCAACACACACACACACACACACACACACACACACACACACACACACAAACUGUCAAGGCCAUCUAACCAUUUAUAACAUUUAAUUGUGACAUUAAAAUUGCAUUGAGCUAGGGAUAUAGCUCAGUGGUCCAACAUUUGCCUAGAAACUAUAGAGGCCCUGGAUUACAUCCCUAAUACUGGGGGGAAUCAAUUAUGAACACUGAAUUAAAAGUUUGUCUUAGUGAGACAGUAUGUGGCACUUUUAUCUUCACUUAAUAGAUUUUUUUUUAAUUUCUAAAUUUCUCACUAAAAGAUAUAUUUAAAAUCUUCCAAGAAGAUCAAAAAUUCUGGGUGUUGUUUGCUCUCACACAGCAUCCCCAAAUUCUGUCUUCAGAGUAGCCAUUUAGAAUCCAGACAUCUUUUGUUUUAGACAAACAAGUGAAACUAUGUUGCAAGAUGGAUAGUUGUAAUGUUUAUUUGCUGCAGAUCAAAGGUUCACAAAAUAUAUUCAAUUUACAGGUACUUGAGGUACCUUGAUAUAUUCCUCAACAUACACCUUGGAUUUUUUUCCCUUCAGAAAUUUUAAGCCUUGGUGUCAAGGUUUUUCU